AUGGAACGAUUCUGGUCCAACUCCAUCUUCAAGUACCUCCGCGUCGAGCCCGAAGACCACUUCUUCCUCCUCACAGAACCGCCCCUGAACCCUCCCGAGAACCGCGAGAACACGGCCGAGAUCUUCUUCGAGUCCUUCAACUGCGCCGGUUUGUACAUCGCCGUCCAGGCCGUGCUUGCUCUCGCCGCCUCGUGGACCUCGUCCAAGGUUCACGAUCGGUCUCUGACCGGUACGGUCAUUGACUCUGGCGACGGUGUUACCCACGUCAUCCCUGUCGCCGAGGGCUACGUCAUCGGAUCCUCCAUCAAGUCGAUCCCCAUCGCUGGUCGCGAUCUGACCUACUUCGUUCAGUCGCUGCUGCGUGAUAGAGGCGAGCCGGACUCGUCGCUCAAGACGGCCCAGGAAAUCAAGGAGCAGCACUGCUACGUGUGCCCUGAUAUCGUCAAGGAGUUCUCCCGCUACGACCGCGACCCCACCCGCUUUAUCAAGCACCCCGUACUCCAGCCUGGCGGCCGUCAGGUCACCGUCGACGUCGGAUACGAGCGCUUCCUCGCCCCCGAGAUUUUCUUCAACCCCGAGAUCUACAGCUCCGACUUCCUUACGCCCCUCCCCACCGUCGUCGACAACGUCAUCCAGACCUCGCCCAUUGACGUGCGUCGCGGUCUCUACAAGAACAUUGUCCUUUCUGGUGGCAGCACUCUUUACAAGGACUUUGGCCGCCGUUUGCAGAGAGACAUCAAGCAGUUGGUCGAUGCGCGCAUCCGAGCCAGCGAGGUCCGUAGCGGCGGUGCCAAGUCCGGCGGUUUGGAGGUUCAGGUCAUUACGCACAAGAGACAGAGACACGGCCCCUGGUUCGGUGGUAGCUUGUUGGGUCAGACACCCGAGUUCCGAUCCUACUGCCACACCAAGGCUGAGUACGAGGAAUACGGUCCCAGCAUUGUUAGACGGUUUGCGCUGCUGGGCGGCCCUGGCGGUUCAUAG